UCCUAAGGGACAGCCAUGUUGCAUUUUGUGAUUUUUCUGCUACAAGAACUGAUUACUUCGUAAAGAAGAAGAAUUUACUGCAGAACUGAGUACAUCAAUAUAACUAUCCAUGUAUAACCAGAGAGGCUAUGAUAAUUAUUCAGGACAUGAUGCGGCGAUAUCAUCUCAAACAGAUCAAGGAAACCGUCCACAACAUAUUCGUGGUAUUUCCAAUAACCCAGUUGUCCUAGAUGACUAUAAUAGCGAUUUAAACUUCGUGAUUGAAAGAGAUGGUUUCACGGGAAGUAGCUUAUACAAAGAUGGUUUYGAAUACUUGUGGGCUGGCGCCAGAGCAACGUACGGUGUUUCAAAUGGMAAGGCUUGUUUUGAAGUCCUAAUACGUGAAAAACUUCCUGUAAACAUGCCUGACAGUGAACGAAAUCCUCAUGUUGCAAGAGUUGGCUGGUCAAUGGACUCAUGUAACCUAAACGUAGGAGAGGACCGGUUCUCAUUUGGUUAUGGCGGCACUGGGAAAUCCUCAUUGAAUAACAAGUUUUUCGAUUACGGUGAGCCCUAUACUGUCAAUGAUGUCAUAGGCUGCUAUAUUGAUUUCGAUGAAAGGUGUAUAUUCUUUGCAAAAAAUGGUCUUUACCUUGGUAAGGCUUUUGAUCUUCCACGUGAGACUGAUGGCUUAGCCUUUUACCCUCAUAUCACCAUCAAAAACAUGAAGGUUGAGGUCAAUUUUGGUUAUUAUCCACCUCGUAUAAACCCAUAUGAUGGUUUCACAAUGAUAGAGCACUUGCCAAAAAAUAUGUUAAUCCGAGGAACACUUGGUCCAGACACUCGGCGAGACAGUCAAGUAAUCAUGAUGGUAGGACUGCCUGGCAGUGGGAAAACUGUCUGGGCUAAUAAGUACUCAAGUGAACACAAUUCAAUGAAAAUCAAUAUCCUUGGCACAAAUACAAUCAUGGAUAAGAUGAAAGUCACUGGACUAACAAGACAAAGAAACUACCAUGGGCGCUGGGAUCAGCUGAUAAAACAAGCUACUAAUGUUUUGAAUCAAAUGUUUAAGAUAGCUGAGAAAAAAAAUAGGAACUACAUCAUUGAUCAGACCAAUGUCUACCCUGGUGCACGCAAGAAGAAGAUGACAUCUUUCCAUGGCUGUAAGCGAGUUGCUGCUGUUAUCGUGAAUACCAAUGAGGUCUUGAAACAGCGGACAGAGAAAAGAGAACGAGAGGAAGGGAAAGUUGUGCCAGAGGAAGCUAUCAUGCAAAUGAAGAAGAACUUCACCUUGCCAGUAGUUGGUGAGUCUUUUGAUGAUGUGUGGUUCAUUGAAGAAAACCUUCAAAACUCUAUUAGAUUGGUUGAAGAAUUUCAACGGGAAGGAAAAGAUUUUGCUGAACGGGAGGCUGAUAAAGAAAGGGAAGAGAUGAAGAGAAAAAGAGAUGAUCAAUCAACAGCUGGAGAACCACCUGCGAAAGGACCCUACAAUUCACAUACUAACAACAGACAGCACCAAACAAGAGAACAUCAUGAAAAAACACGACAUUACCAAAGACCAAGUCAUGAUGCAUCACAGCACUAUCCAAGACACCAUGGAGCUCAUGCAAACCCACAAUACCCACCAAGGGGACAUGGAAUGCAUGAACCACGCUACCAAUCAUGGAAUAAUGGAAAUUAUAAUCCUCCACCUGAUCAUUACCAGGGACAUAGUCUUCCACGCUACCCCCCUGGGCAACAGGGGUCACAAGAUCCACAUGGCUAUAGACCACACCCAACACCACAAAGUAACUACCCUCAGCUUUCCUACCAAAACACCAACCAGUUUUAUCAAAAUMCACAUAACAGUAACCCAAGUGGAUAUAACCACCUACCCUACCCYGUACAGGAGCAGAACCCAGGCAGGUUUUACACAUAUGAUUCUCUCACUGACGCACCAAGGUCUCGCUAUGUAGACCAGAGAGAAUACCAAUCCUGUCAUGAACAUUACUAUGGCAACUCACAAGGAGGUUCAAACUAUUCAUCAUAUUAUGGAGGAGGCAAUAGCUACUGAGAUACAUAAGUACAAUCAUUUGCUGCAUAUUUUCUUUAAAUGCUGUUUUAUUUCGCCAAAGGGAUCUGGGAACAARCCUCCUAAGGKYUYAUAUAACUUUGAUAAGAAAAAGACUUGUCUGAGAUGUGCAUUUAUAACAUCUUAUAUUGUACUUUCACUGCGUCACAUAAUUAGGUAAACSUUGUCUGUAAUGUAAAUUCAACCUCGCUCCGAGGCUCCUUCGGUUGGCGCGUCAGGCCUGGGAACGAAGACAGUAUAAUCCCGGUGUGAUUUAGUAACAUUGUGUGUUGACGGGUAGAAUGGUGAAUACAAUUAAAGAUGAGGCACUGUGAGCAUUAAAUAUCGAUGCGUUAAACGGCUUAUUAUAUCACUAAACAUCAUUUUGAAUUUUAGGAAGUGCGCAAGAUUUAACAUAAUUGGUAUUUAAUACCAGUCGUAUUUUCCAGUGUCCAAAAAACGUGCAUUCACUUUUCUAUUAAAAUGUUCUUAAGAAAAGGUAUUAUAUUAUAGAUCCUGUAGAUUUAAUAUCAAUAUUUUGCUGAUAGCUAGUUAUUUAUUGUAUCAGCAUUUUAGAGAAAGUGUUUUUAACCGCUAUUUUAUGUCUUCUUAGCUUUAACUAUAUUUGUAUUAAGACAAUGCCAUGGAUAUUAAACUAUAGAUUUACAGCUAG